CUCUCUCUGCUGCUCAUUCAGUUGAGGACUCCAACACACUAGACAUGGACUUUUCCUUCAUGGAGGACAUUGAAAAGUCUGAGGCCCGCACCGGCAUUCCUACCACUCAGUACACCAAGCAGAACCCCUUCAGCUUCAAGCUGGAGGACUACCAGGAUGCUGUCAUCAUUCCACGGUAUCGUAACUUUGACCAACCGCAUCGCUUCUAUGUCGCCGACGUGUACACAGACCUGACGCCGCUCAGCAAGUUUCCCUCUCCAGAGUACGAGACGUUUGCUGAGUACUACAAAACCAAGUACAACCUGGACCUGUCCAAUCUGAACCAGCCGCUCCUUGAUGUGGACCACACCUCCUCCAGACUGAACCUGUUAACCCCUCGGCACCUGAACCAGAAAGGCAAAGCUCUGCCGCUCAGCAGCGCAGAGAAGAGGAAGGCCAAGUGGGAGAGUCUGCAGAACAAACAGAUCCUGGUUCCAGAGCUGUGUGCCAUCCACCCCAUCCCCGCCUCUCUGUGGAGGAAAGCUGUGUGCCUGCCCAGCAUCCUGUACCGCCUCCACUGCCUGCUGACUGCAGAGGAGCUGCGGGCCCAGACCGCCAGUGAGGCUGGAGUGGGGGCUCAGACCCUCCCCCCCGACUUCAGGUCUGGUUUUACCCACUAAACCACAUAAACGCAGGAUCAGUGCUUAACAACAGCGAGACAUUGUCAGUUAUUCCAUUUUAUUUUCUCUACUGUAGCACUAACACUGCACACGACACGCCCUGCUUAUUCUCUCACAGUGAUAGAGUGCAACAAAUGAAGUAUGCUGCCCUUUGCUACUGGGCAGACGCUCAACUGAUUCUCGCAGGAGAGGAGAACAACAUGUGUCAUCACCCAUGGCAGAAAACAUGUAGUCACUGUCUCUAGCAUAGUGGUUCCCAACGUGUGGGGCGCAGAGGCAUGACAGGGAGCGCGAGAGACCAGGAGGAAAAAUGGUUAUAC